AUUGUUUUGUGCCACUUGGUUGUCUGUGAUGGUAGUGUGCGAAUGUAACUAAGGCAAGCUAUUUAAGCAAAGUUCAAAAUUCUCGUCGAAUGAAAUUCCAAAUUUGUUUCAUCUUCAGUUUCCGGCAGACAAAGUCCCUAUUUGGACAACGCCGCCAUCGUUAUCGCUAACGCAGCUUUCCUAAUCCUCUAAAGAACUGGCCCUCGAUUCCCCCAAACUGAUGAUCUUUGAACUUUGCCUGCAGUUACACUUCAUGCGGCAAUUGAGUGUUCGCAUCUAUUUUCUGCGAAUGAGACUGACCAUUGUCAAUCAACUGGCGCCAGUCGAGGACUCCUCCAACGAGCACUAUUCAUAAUAUCGAUAAGAUAUCGGGGAUUAGCAGGGCGUCCUAUUUAUUCACAGGCAAACUGGUCAAAAUGUCUGGAUCGAGGCGACGCCGCAACAUAUUGGGAUACUACGAGUACUUUAUGCCCGGGAUUUAUGACUAUCCGGUGAUUCAAUGUGCUGCGAGUGCAAUCCGUUCCUAUAGCAUGGACCCAGUACUGACCAGUGGCUCAUCAACUUGGUCAGUCCCCGCUGGAAAUGCCGCCUAUGUAGCCGGGCCAAUGGGCGUGAUCAACUACCUAUCGGAUAUGCAAACGCACUUGGCUCUGCCAACCAGCGAAAAUGUGGAAACUGGUCUAAUCUGUACUACCAUCGAUUCCAGCCCAUGUUUCCAUGAGCCAAUUCGAGAAUAUGUUCAAAUGGAGGAUGAACUCACCGAGGACGAGGGAUACGGCUAUGAGAUUCCAGAGCUUGUUCUUUGCUUCAACCCUUCAAAUUCGGAGUCCGCCGGAGCUGAUGAAUCUGGUGAUUCCCAGCGUACAUCAAGUAGCUGCUCAUCGGUGGAGAUCAGCGAGCAGUCAGGAUCGGGGGAAUAUGUUAAAUCCGAAUCGGAACCCAGGAAGCGUAGGAAAGUAUCGCAAAAGCGCAUCUAUACAGCCGAGCAGGGUUACGUGGUGGAGGAACCCACCAGCGAACAAUCCGAGGAUGAUGACGAGAAACUGCCACCCACCAAAUCAUGAAAAUAGAUAUCUCAGCGUUUACGUUCGACUGUAGAUCUACAUAUUUCCAGAAACGUUACCCAAUUUGAUUUAUCGUUGCAAUUUGUAGUGAUCAAAAAUAUAUAUAUUUUAUAGA